AUGCCGCCCCCUACCGUCCCCUUCUUCCUCACCUCCACCACGCUCGCCGCCACCGCGAAGAAACCGCAGCCGCAAUCGCAGCCAUGCGACGCGCAAGCCCAGGCCGCCGCUGCCUCCGAGGCCUCGGCGGCGUCUGCCUCGUACGCCGUGCGCAUGCGGCUCAACCCGCACCUCGCUCUCCGCCUGUUCGACCACCUGCUCCGCUCGGGCGCCGACCCGGACCCCGUGGCGUACGAGCUCGCUUUCGCGUCCUGCGCGCGCGGGAAGGUCCGUGCCACGGCCGCGCAGCUCCACGCCCACGCCGCCAAGCGCGGGCUCGUCGCCUCGCACCGCCGCGUGCGCUGCAGGCUCGUCCACGCCUACGCCGUCUGCGGGAUGCUCCCCCACGCGCGCAGGGUGUUCGACGGCGGGACCGACAACGACAUGGUCGCCUGGAACUGCCUGCUGCGCGGGUACGCGCAGGAGGGUGGGGACGCGGACUUGCUCCGCGAUUUCUUUGCCAGGAUGCCAUCCCGGGACAGCGUCUCGUGGAACACAGUCCUUUCAUGGUGCGUCGUGAAUGGGGAGUACGACGAGGCAAUCGCAGUGUUCCGGGAGAUGCUCGCGAGCCAGGAGUGCCAGCCUGAUAGGGUGACAUUAGUGAGCGUUGUCUCUGCAAUUGCAUACUUGGGGGCACUUGCACAGGGUCUCUGGGCACACGCAUAUGUCUUCAGGAAAGGUGUUAAAGUCGAGGAGAAACUGAGCUCAGCAUUGAUAAACAUGUACUCAAAGUGUGGGUUCAUUGAGGGUGCAGUUUAUGUGUUUGACAAUGUCCGAGGAAAGAGGAGCUUGGAUACUUGGAAUGCAAUGUUAGCCGGUUUUACAGCGAAUGGUUGCAGUGAGAGAGCUCUGGGGCUCUUCACCAGGAUGGAGUCAACAGGGCUGAUGCCUAAUAAGAUUACUUUUAAUUGCGUACUGAAUGCUUGUAGCCACGGGGGUUUAGUUGAGGAAGGUAUGAGGUGUUUUCAGAGAAUGUCUAGAGUUUAUGGUAUUGAGCCCGACAUUGCACAUUAUGGUUGCAUGGUGGAUCUCUUCUGCCGUGCAGGGAUGUUUGAGAAAGCUGAGCAGAUAAUUCAGAUAAUGCCGAUGGAGCCAGAUGCUUCCAUGUUGAAGGCCCUAUUGGGUGCUUGCAGAACUCAUAAGAACUUAGAGUUGGGAAAGAAGGCUGGCCAUAGGCUUAUUGAGACUGCCCCAAAUGAUCACGCCGGGUAUGUGUUGUUAUCCAACAUAUAUGCACUAGAUGGCAACUGGGGAGGAGUGCAUAAGGUGAGAAAGCUUAUGUUGAAUCGUGGCGUUCUGAAGACCCCUGGGAGCAGCUCAGUGGAACUUAAUGGUGUAAUUCAUGAGUUCAUUUCUGGAGACAAAAGCCACUCGAGGAAGAGGGAUAUUUAUAAGAUGCUAGGUGAGAUUUGUCAACAGCUUAAAAGUGCAGGAUAUACUCCUGACACUUCACAAGUGCUGCUAGAUAUUGACGAUGAAGAUGUGAAAGAGAGCUCACUAGCCCUACAUAGUGAGAAGCUUGCAAUAGCCUUUGGACUGAUCAGCACUGCUCCUGGCACGCCUAUUAGGGUAGUAAAUAACCUCCGGAUCUGCGGAGAUUGUCAUAAUGCCAUAAAACUUCUAAGCAAGAUUUAUGGGAGGUGCAUAAUUGUUAGGGAUGCAAAUCGAUUUCAUCAUUUCAGAAAAGGGUCUUGUUCUUGCGGGGAUUACUGGUAA